AUGAAUUUUUCCCCUGCUCCCGGCGAACUGCUUUCCGUCGGCCAUUCUUUUGCUGCCCCUAACGAUCUUGACGACGAAAUCGACAUGCCGGACAGUACUUCCCAAACCGUUAAACCACCACCGCCGCCACUUUCACAUCAUAGUUUGAUUGAAAGUACACUCGAACUUACCGCUUUAACUGAUAUUGGCCCGACGGUCUUCACCAACACUCGUCCACUAUGGCGUCCACCAAAUGCUCGUGGUAUUUUUGGCGGCGCAGUGAUUGCACAGUCACUUGCUGCUGCUAUUCGGACUGUCCCUGAAAAUUUCUCGAUCCAUAGCAUGCAUUGCUACUUCGUAUUGGCGGGCGAUUGGACCAUCCCUGUAAUAUAUACUGUUGAAAUUGUCCGAGAUGGCCGUAGUUUCGCAACUCGGACGGUGCAAGCGAGACAGAAGGGGAAAUGCAUCUUCACUACAACUUGUAGUUUUCAACGACCCAGUGAAGGGAAGGAUAGCCUGCUAGCUCAGGAGCCUUUCCCGGAAGGCGUAAAGGGUCCCGACGAAUGUGAGGGUGGCGAAGAGACCGCCCGUAGACUUGUGAAAGAAGGCCGAUUGUCUGAGGAGGGAUUCAAACAAUGGAAGAAGACGAGAGAUACUGAUCCUUUCGAAAGAAGGAUUGCUGGAAUUUAUAACCACAACGAUCCAAACCCGACUACCAAGCGUGUCCGUUCAUGGGUUCGUGCUAAAGGCACUAUCUCCGCCCCGGCCGGCGCUGGCGCCCACGUCGAAGCUCUAGCCUACGUCUCGGAUUCAUGGUUCCUUGGCACACUCAUCCGUACUCAUAAAUCUGUCAACGUUGGUAUGAUGGUAUCUCUCGACCAUACGAUCUACUUCCACGCCCCAUUCCGAGCAGAUGAAUGGAUGUUUAUGGAAAGCGAUUCACCCUGGGCGGGCGACCAGAGAGGGCUGGUUCACCAAAGAAUUCUAGAUCGCCAAGGCAAUUUACUAGUGACUUGCUUCCAAGAAGGACUUAUCAGAGUCCGGGAUCUUAAGGGCGAAGACGAAGUCGCUGAAAGCAGCGAACCCCCUACGAAAAAGGAAAGCAAGCUGUAA